AUGGCUACCAAAAAGCAACUAAUAGAUGAAAUAUGUAUUAAUAACAUUGAUUAUUUAAGUUGAGAUAUGUGAUUCUAUUCUUGAGAAAUCAUAUAAGAAUUAAUAGAGUUUGGAAUUGUUAAUUCAGAAAUAUCCGUUGAACGAAGGAAUCUAAUAAUUUUAAUUGGUUCCAGUGAGUUAAUAUGAAGAUUAGAGUAGAAACCAAUUAAAGUAAUUGACUAUUGAGUAGCUGACAUAUCUAUUGGAAGAUGCCUAACAUACUUUAGAUUAAGUAAUGUAUGAAGAAUUGUAAAUCAAUAAAUUGGGAUUGAGAGUGCCUAAAAAAUAAUUAGUAGUCUAAAAUUAUGAACAAUGGGACUUUUUAUUGUAAUGGCCUAAAUCUAAUAAUUUAGACAGCAUAAUAAUAAAUGUUCAAAGCAUAACAAGUAAUCUGUAUAUUUAAUGAUUAAAUUGUUAGAUAAUAUAUAAGCUUAAUUGUAAAGAUCAAAAGAAAAAUGUGAUUAGGAUGAUCUUGAGAAGAAAUACUAAGAAGCAUUAGAAAGAAUAGAAUAUUUAGAAAUGUAAUUACAAAAUGAAUCAAAUAAAAAUAUCGGAUAAAAAAACAUAAUUUAAGAACAUGUAUUAAAUACAAGAAAUCAAAUGAAUCGAUCCAAAUAACCAAAAAGAGAUAAAAUAGAAUUGAUGGAUGAAUUAGAAAAGAAAUUAUUGGAUUUGGAAGCAGAAAAGGAGAAAAUGUCAUCUUACAGUAUGGAUGCCUUUUCUAAAUUACUUUAAACUAAAUAAUGA